AUGCUAUUUAUCGUGAGUUUUUCGAUAUAUGUGAAAUUUGUCAAUCUCUCAUUCUCAUGUGCUUCUAUCUCUUUUUCUACUAUUUCUACUCGAACAGUAGAGAAGAGCGUUGAAUUUCAGGUACUGUCGGAGCACUGGCCGCUAGACGAACAACGAUUUUGGCCAGGGAAAAGCUACGACCUCAAAGGGUACAUUGAUAUUAUAGUGGCCGGAAAAGAACAUCCACAGUAUGGACGACCAAAUAUCCUGAACCUGAAAUAUCUGGAUGAAGUGUCACGGAUUAAUCAAUACAUAAUCAAUAAUGUUACUGUACCGGUAGACAUUGACGGAAAACACUAUGAGGUCGCCUACACGGAUCUGUGUAUGACUUAUGACUGGGCUUGCUACCUGAACGACCAUCUAACGAUGCUAAUGCCAAGAAGUCGUUGGGGUAAUUUCAAUGGUCCGAUAGCCGAAUUCGCCAGUGAUAUCAUCAAUAAUGAGGUCAAUAUAACGUAUCCGAUCGGAUGGAGAGGAUCAGAACCGAUCUAUUUCGGAGCGCUGGUUGGUGAUCCACACCUUGCCGACAAUCAAGGUCAUUUUGAUCGUGCGACAGCACUCAGGCUCACCUAUAACGUCAGAGAAGAGAAGGUGGUUGGUAACAUCAGCUUCGUUUGGAGGAAGAAGCUUACCGCGUGGUUGACUGACCGUGAAAAACCUCCUUCAGAUCUUCUCGAAUUCGGUUUGACGCAUAAUGAAUCGCUACCGGAGGGCCUGCAGGAUGUUGCGAACACAUUAACUCCGAAAUUUGUUGGAACGUGCGCUAUUCUUUUCACAUUUUGCUUCUUGGUUUCUGUUGUGCUUGUGAACCACGGAAAUGGACUUAUCGGAAUUGACUGGGUUCGCAGCAAACCGAUUGUUGCAUGUGCAGGUAUUUGGUGCCCUUUACUCGCUGUGAUCACCUCGUUUGGACUGUUACUGUGGUUGGGUGAGCUCUACAACGCUAUUGUGAAUGUAUCUCCUUUUCUUGUUCUGUGUAUUGGUAUUGACGACCUCUUCAUCAUGUCAGCUGAAUGGCACCGUACGAAACCUGACCAUUCGCCUGCUCGUCGCGUUGCUGACACUUUGUCUGAAGCGGCCGUAGCCAUUACUAUCACUUCGAUUACUGACAUUGUCACGUUUGCCAUCGGAAUUUUCACGACUUUGCCCGCUGUUCAAAUGUUUUGUCUCUACACCAGUGUUCAAGUUGCGUUCACCUACAUCUACCAGCUCACAUUCUUCUCACCAGUUCUUGCCUAUGCUGCUGAAAUGGAAAAUAGUGGUACUCACUCCCUACUUUUUCGAAAGGCCUUGGAGUCGAACAGAUCAGCACCAAAGUGGAAACUCUUCUUACUGGCUGGCUCCGUAUCAAGAAAACCACACGCAAAUCCAUCAACAAACGAGGUUCCUUCAAAGAAUCCGAAAACCACGAAUGGAUGGAGGUCCAAAUUAAGUGACGCGCUGAAAACGUUGGAAACGAAAUUGGAACAACAUGAAAAGCACGCAGGCGAAACAACUCACGAGGAAACAUUCGUCAACAAACUUUUCCGUGAAAUUAUUGGUCCAUUUAUUCUAGAGCGCAGUACUCAGAUAUGCGCUAUGCUUUUGUAUGGAAUCUAUUUAGUCUUAUCCAUUUACGGUUGUAUAAACAUAAAAGAAGGCUUGGAUCCGAAGUUUCUCGUGAGAGAAUCCUUCUAUUUAAGCACCUUCUACAAACUUAUUGACGAAACAUUUUGGAAAGAAGAUUUCGAAAACACCUACUAUACGAUGAAUCAUAAUGCUACGAUGAUAUGGCUAAAAGCAUACGAAAUGCACUUGGAGAGGGAGAAGACCGAACUGAACAUCGAGAAACCAGCGAAUUCAUCUGAAUGGUACCGCCGCUGCCGUGACUGGCUGCUGGUGGCUGGCGGCCGACGACUUUGGGAGAAGGAUAUGGUGUGGGGACAAAAUAAGGAGGUUGCUCUUGCGUUUCGGUUUCAACUUGGUCUAAGGAAUUACCGUACACCAACGGACCAUACGAACAGCUGCAAAUUGAUGCGUGAGAUUGCCUCCAAAUAUGCGAUUUUCAAUGUUACGACGUUCCACGAAUACUAUCCAUUUGCGGACCAGCUAGCGACCAAGCCGGCGAUUUGUCGUCUUUCUCGUCGUAGUGGUGCGAAGCGCAUCUCGAAAAUGAUCUAUGUGGAAACUCGCGGUUUCCUCGAAAACGCCAUAAGAGAUGCUGUCACCUACUCUAAGUAUGCGAAGAGAAAGACGUACCUCGAACUCAAGCCGUCAUUAGUGCGAAACUUCAAGCUUGGUUUGCUCUCAAUGUUUGUCGUCACAAUGGUAAUGAUACCGGAUAUCAGGGCAGCGUUCGCUGUAGUUCUUUGUAUUGCAAGCAUAAACGUCGGAGUACUAGGAUUUAUGACUUUUUGGGGUGUUAAUCUCGAUAGCGUGUCGAUGAUAACGGUCAUUAUGUGUAUCGGGUUUGCCGUUGAUCUGUCAGCUCAUAUCGCUUACGCCUAUUCCCAAGCUUAUGGGAGCGCUCAGAAAAGGGUAGUGUUCGCCAUGGAGACACUAGGAUGGCCAGUUUUCCUGGGAGCGUCUUCAACAAUUCUUGGAAUUACGGUACUGACAUUGGUCGAUUCCUAUAUCGUGCAAAUUUUCUUCAAGACUGUAUUCUUAGUCAUUUUAUUUUCAAUGAUCCACGGUCUCCUCUUUCUCCCAGUUCUGCUAAUGUUCCUUAUUCCAAAUGAACAAGUGAGUUUCUUCGCAACGCUUCCACUUUUUGUCGACGAUUUCUUACUACAUGCUCAUAUUCUUUGCAUUGCUUUACAUUUAGAUUUUCCAGAACCAUUAAAUAUGUGGGAUCUGGAAAAUUUUAAGAAUAUUACCGUUUCUAGAAAAAAAUAG